CCGACCCAGGCCGCCAGGCGUCUGCCCCUGUUAAUUAGCAGAGCAACCGAGCAGGGAGUUCCGCCCGCGACGUGCCCGCCCGCGGAGGCGCCAGGCCCUGGGCUUCUCCCCGAUCUGAUCUAUCUCGCAGCUGCCCAGGUGCACCGCCCGCCUGUCCGCAGAAGAUGGACCUGAUGGACGGCUGCCAGUUCUCGCCUUCUGAGUACUUCUACGAUGGCUCCUGCAUCCCAUCCCCCGAGGGCGAGUUCGGGGACGAGUUUGAGCCACGAGUGGCUGCUUUCCGGGCGCACAAAGCAGACCUGCCCGGCUCAGACGAGGAAGAGCACGUGCGAGCACCUACGGGCCACCACCAGGCCGGCCACUGCCUCAUGUGGGCCUGCAAAGCGUGCAAGAGGAAAUCCACCACCAUGGAUCGGCGGAAGGCGGCCACCAUGCGCGAGCGGAGACGCCUGAAGAAGGUCAACCAGGCGUUUGAGACGCUCAAGAGGUGCACCACGACGAACCCCAACCAGAGGCUGCCCAAGGUGGAGAUCCUCAGGAAUGCCAUCCGCUACAUUGAGAGCCUGCAGGAGCUGCUGAGGGAGCAGGUGGAAAACUACUACAGCCUGCCCAGGCAGAGCUGCUCUGAGCCCACCAGCCCCACCUCCAGCUGCUCCGACGGCAUGCCUGAAUGUAACAGCCCUGUCUGGUCCAGAAAGAGCAGCAGUUUUGACAGUAUCUACUGUCCGGAUGUCCCAAAUGUAUAUGCCACGGAUAAAAGCUCCUUAUCCAGCCUGGAUUGCUUAUCCAGCAUAGUGGAUCGGAUCAGCAACUCAGAGCAACCUGGACUGCCUCUCCAGGACCCAGCCUCUCUCUCUCCAGUUGCCAGCACCGAUUCUCAGCCUGCAACUCCAGGGGCCUCUAGUUCCAGGCUCAUCUACCAUGUGCUAUGAACUAAAAAUCUAGUCUAGACCAUUUCUGCCAGGAGUGCCUAUUACACAGGAGGAAGGAGGCCCAAAAGGCCCAAAAGCAAGACAACCUGUAUAUAAACAUUUUCUUUCAGUUGUAAAUUUGUAAAUACUAUCUUGCCACUUUAUAAGAAAGUGUAUUUAACUAAAAAGUCACUAUUGCAAUUAAUUCUUUAUUUCUUUUUCUUUUUCUUUGUCUUGGCAUUAAAUAUAUAGUUCCAAUGAUAUUAUUUCUUAUAGGGGCAAUUCAUCCAAGGUAGCUCAUUGCAAUGCUUAACUUAUACUUUUUAUAAAUAUUGCUUAUCAAAAUAUUACCUCUGAUGUUUAGAGCUUUAUUUUUUUCCCUUUAAAAUAUUAGAACAAAUACUAGAACUGGAAAUCAGUUAUAGGGAGUUUUAAAUAUAUUUAACUUUUUGCUUCUCUUUAAUCCUUUGGUUAUAUUGUGUUAAGUAAAAAUAUAACAUACUGCCUAAUGGUAUAUAUUUUGAUCUUAUAAGAAAUGCAUCUUUUUAAUGUAAGCACAAAAUAGUACUUUGUGGAUGAUUUCAAGAUGUAAGAGAUUUUGGAAAUUCCACCAUAAAUAAAAUUGUUUAAAUGA